GUUGUCACUCAUUGACCUCAUUCAACGUAAUUUCGCUCAACGAGUUUUGUUUUCUGUACAAAUUUAUUGUGACUCCCGUGAAAGAUUUGAAACUGCCUUGUCAACAUGGAUAACGAAAUGAAGGAGAAGUUGGAGAAAGAUGUUGAUGACGGAAUCGAAAUACCCGAUGAGGAGAUGUUUACGCACACAAAUGAAUUCUUUGAGGCUACAUCGGAGAUAAUUGCUACGAUGCGUGAUGUAAUGGAUGAUUCGGACAGAGACGGUAUAGACGAACUGCUCGACCUGGAACGCGAACAUAUCGAAGAUGAGCCCAACACAAUUGACGAUGUUACGGAUCUGGGUGCAAAGUUUUUUAAACCAAUACCAAGAGAAGUGAUAGACGCUCGUAUCGCUCCGCUGCUCGCUAAUGCUCCUGAACCCACUAUCACAGAGGGGCACGUAGAAGAAGAAGAACACACUCGUUCGCCAGUCGACAAUGAUCCAAAUGAUCGCCGUCGAAGCGUAAAAGACGCAAUAACCGUGAACGGACAGCAUCUACAUAAUGAGAGUGAGAAUGAGCUUCGAGAAUCACGAGGUGUCCCGAUUCCAGUACUAGUUCCUCCUGGUGGUGAUGUUCCUGACGAAGACGUUCCAAGAGCAGCAGCAGAACCAGCAAUCUUAGAGCUUAAUGAUCCUACUGCAGCAAAUGCGGUCGGCCUCAAUGUUCACCAAUUAUUUUCAUCCAAAUGUCCAGAUUUCGAUGAGGUACUCGAAGCACAAAUUCUCAUUCGCGACGUUAUGAAUCACGUGCCCACUUCACGAUUGUACGAACGGGAGACAGAUGCCCGUUCAUGCAAAGCAUUUACGCUGUUCUGCUUUAUGUGGAGCCUCGAUGUGUUUGCUGUGAAUACGGAUGAGGAAGACGGACGUAUUACUGUAUCAAUGGCAUAGUUAUCUAUUAACAACAAUGUUUCGUGCUCGAAACGCAAUGAUUUUUGUAUUUGUUUCGGAAAUUUUUAAUAAAAUUUCCCGUUCCGCA